AUGGCUACCGAAGGAAAGGCAAUUAACCCCAUGAGGGAGAUCAAGGUGGACAAGCUGGUGGUCAACAUUUCCGUGGGAGAGUCUGGUGACAGGCUCACCCGUGCAUGCAAGGUCUUGGAACAGCUCACCGGUCAGACUCCCGUUACCUCCAAAGCGCGUUACACUCUGCGUGGUUUCGGUAUCCGUCGUAACGAAAAGAUCGCUUGCCAUGUCACUAUUCGCGGACCCAAGGCAGAGGAAAUCAUUGAGCGUGCGCUGAAGGUUAAGGAAUACGAGCUGCGCCGCAGGAACUUCUCCGAGACAGGCAACUUCGGCUUCGGUAUCACAGAGCACAUCGACUUGGGUAUCAAGUACGAUCCUUCCAUUGGUAUCUUCGGCGCCGACUUCUACGUUUGCAUGACUCGUCCUGGUGCCCGUGUUGCACGUCGAAAGGAGCGCACUCAACGCAUUGGCGCUCCUCACCGUGUCACCAAGGAGGAGACUGCUGCUUGGUUCCGUCAGCGAUUCGACGGCAUCAUUGCCAAGUAA